AAUACAACCGGUCGACACAAAGUAGUUCAUAAUUAAGUUGAAGGAAAAUGCGGUUUGGUUUUGUAUUUUAGAAAUGAAAAUCUGAGAAGUCAGUGUGGUGUGCAGGUGUAUAUUCAGCCACCUUGAGUCAAUUAUUAUGUAGAACCACCUUUAAAAUGUUACAGUAUGUCUCUACCAGCUUUCUAAUCAAAAGACUGCAUUAUUUUUUUUCAUGCUUUUCAAAAUAAGUCAACCUCAGUCUGAUUGGCUGGACAGCAGAAAGCAUGCUGAGCUGAUGGAGAACAUGGAUAAGAAAUCAGCAUGGGACCGCUUCUACUCUGAGACCAGCAGCAGGAGUCCCAACUUCAAAAACUUUGAGUGGUUCUUCAGUUUCGAUGCGGUGCAGGACUUCAUCACGCCCCUCCUGCAGGCUGCGUCCCUUUCACGCCAUCCUGUCCAGGUCUUGGACAUGGGAUGCGGCACGUCUGCGCUGGGCCCCUCCAUCUACAGAGACUCCGCUUUGCCAGUGCGAGUCACCUGCGCCGACAUCUCCCCCGUAGCCGUGCGGCUAAUGCGGGAGCACAUCCGGGCCAACGCCGUCCGGCCUCGCAACGCUUCCUCUCAAAUUGACUUUUUAGAACUGGACUGCACCCGGCUUGACGGCCACUACGGUCCCAGCAGCCUGGACCUUAUUGUUGACAAGGGCACCACAGACGCCCUGUUGAGGUCCAAGGAGGGGGCGGAGAAGGCGGCCUCGGUGCUGAGGCAGUGCCUGAAGGUGUUGCGGCGCUCCGGGUCCCUGCUCCAGUUCUCAGACGAGGAUCCUGAUGCCAGACUGGUGUGGUUAGAGGCAGCCGCUCAGGGCCAGGGGCUGGCGGCGGCAGACGUUGGGGUGCAGGAGGUCGGGGUGCUGAGGGGCGUGUGUUACUACUGUUACCAAGUGACUGCUCAUCACGAUGUAAACAAAUAAAAUUUUAUCUUAUUGAAGUCUGUGUUUUUCAUAUCUACACACGGAUAUUCGAACACACCCAGCUUUGUAAAAACGUCAUAUUUCUAUAUUGCAGAAUAACGGAAUCAUUUGUGUUGUGAAAAAAAAUGUUCCCACCAGGAAGUGUUUAUAUUUUACGAAAAAAAAAAAAACCCAAAAAGAAAAUCAUGAAUAAAAUUAAGAUUAUGCUGUCUGAUAGCCAAGACAAUCUGAUUUAUGUCUCUUUAUGUUUAAAAAACACAUAAUGUUUCUCAAGAAUUUCAAGAUUGCGCGAACAUUAAAGGUUGAUGUAAUAUUCAACAAUCUCCUCCAUCCCUCACUCAGACGUUUUUCCGCUGUAACCUUCUCAUUGCCGAUUGUCUACCGCCAUCUAGUGGCCAGGUUUUAUUCAACAACAGAGAUCCCAGAAUGGACAUAGUUGAGUAAGUUUCUGUGAUUGUAAAAUGUGAUACAUUAAUAUUUUUGAGAAUGACUUUGGGGUUUUUAUUUACUGCAAGUCAUAGUAAUCAUUAAAAUAUUUCAUUCAGUUUAAUAAAUCAAUAUAAUAAAUUACUUUUGCUUCGUGGUAUUUGAUGAUAUUCUGAUUUAUUGAGAUGCUUUAUAGAAACAGACAUAUUUAAAGUCCCCACAAUCACAGUGUGUUGCCAUGGCUAAAAGCUGACGUCGAAUCAAACAUUUAUGACGUCUCAAAAAGUUGACUUUUAGAGCAUUUAUUCAUACAUGAUGAAGAAAAAAAA